UUCAAUUACAUUACACGGGACGGCAAUGGACGAUGAGGACAAUGAUUACGAGAUUGAGCGUCAGAAGACGAUCGCGGAGAAUCAAGAGUUGCUCAAUUCCCUAGGGCUGGACCCGAAUGGAUCAUCAAAGAUCCCAUUUAGCAAGCCCAAAGCCGAUCUGGCGAAAUCGAAAUCUAAACCGAGACCUAAGCGGAAGGCUGAGCCGGUAAUCGAGGAGCCUCGUCGUCGGAGUGGUAGAUUGGCAGGACUCGAAGCGACCCAGGAGGAAGUUGCAAAGCGGAAUGAAGAGGAAGAGAAGGAGAGGGAGGUGUUGAGGAUCAUCAAUCGCAAGACGAGGGAUCAACUCAUGGACAUUGAGAAGAUGGUAGAGGAUACGAGUCCAGAGUCUGCAGAUUCAUUAUCCUCGUUCCUCCAAUCCGUUGGUGCGGAUCAUGCUCCUCGACAGUAUCCUGAAUCCUCAGACGCCUACGAUGACAAGGAUACGCUCCCAGCCGAAGUCACGCGAUUAAAGAGCGUAUUCAAAGGCAUGACAUUGAAAGCCAACGCCAAAGUCACUUCAGAGCGUGUGUAUACAAUGGUAGUGCAUCCUGAGCCUACCAAGACGUUGGCAUUUGUCGGCGACAAGUUUGGUAUGGUGGGAAUAUGGGACGCACUGUCAGAUGAUGAAGGACCAAUCUGGCAUGUUCAAGCUCAUGCGCGUAGUGCCGUGACAUCGAUGAAGGUAGAUCCCAUAGCGGGAUCGGGCCUCGUGACUUCCUCGUAUGAUUGUUCGCUCCGACGGAUCGACUUUGAAUCGCUCCAAUCCACCGAACUCUUCUCCUUUCCUGACGAAGACAUGCUCAUCACCCAUUUCGAUCUCGUUCCGAAUGGUCGGGAAGCAUGGAUAGCAGACAAAGAUGGAGGAAUUAGUCAUUGCGAUUUCCGAGAGAAACGCAACAUUGAGAGGAGACGGUGGGUCGUACAAGAAGAAGGAAGAGCAGCCAAGUUGGGUGGAAUCAGUGUCAACCCAUUGAAACCUCAUUUGGUCAUCACGGCUGGAAACGAUCAACACUUGCGGUUAUGGGAUACGAGAUUGCUUUCACACCUCAAUCCACGAAGCACAGAACUUUUGACGCCUCCUCCAACUGCUAAAGGACGUGGCGAUCCAUUGGCUGGAGAAUCAGAUGUCGGGACUCAUAUCGAGACGAGACCAACGUCGAGCAUACCAAAUGAAAAAGUCGGACACUUUAUGAACAGUAAUAAAGGCAAAGGGCUCCUCAAAGCGAGCUUUCAACAUGGAAAAAGCUGCAGUGCAGCGUAUUGGGACCCAUGGGGUAAAAGAAUCCUCACAACGAGCUAUGAUGAUAAGUUGAGGAUAUGGAGUGUGGACUCAGAUGAUGUAUCGUCGUUCAAACCGACAAAGAUCAUACCACACAACUGUCAGACGGGCAGGUGGCUGACGAUCUUGAGAGCACAAUGGAGCUUGAAUACCGAGUAUAUGCCUCAUUUUACAGUCGGGAACAUGAAACGGACAUUGGAUGUGGUGGCAUGCACGGGCGACAAAAUCGCCUCGUUAUGGACUGAUGUGGUUACUGCAGUUCCAGCAGUUACCGUGAGUCAUCCAGCCAGAGUGGAUCAUGUGUUGGGAGGCAAUACCAGUGGGAGGAUACAAUUAUGGACAGCGAGUUAGCCCUUAUUCAGAUUUCUUGGGCUUGUACUGCCAGCGCGGUGCUCAAGAUAAUGUAUGAUACA